AUGUCGAAGCUUUACGUGGGCAAUCUACCGUUGGAUUGUAACGAGAGUGCCCUCAGGCAACUCUUCCAGGAUCACAAUUUGCCAUGUACAACGAUCCUGGUGAAACGAGGCGGCUACGCAUUCGUCGACUGCACCGAUCAGUCCGUGGCAGAUCGUGCGAUCGACAAACUUAACGGAUCCACAUAUCUCGGAUCGGUGCUUAUCGUGGAGCCGUCUGUAGCCAGUGGACCGAAAAAACGGGGUAGCGGCGACGCCCUACCAGAAUCUUCAGUUGGCCAAGUUGGCAGUGGUUGGAGUGGCGGUACCGGAUCUAAGGUCCUCGUAAGCAAUCUCCCAGCUCAGGCCAGAUUAGAGGACAUCGAAGUUCUGUUCUCGAACUGCGGUCAAGUGCAGUCCGUCGAGAAGUUGUCCUCGCGCGAUCCUAACACACAAACCGUCCUUGUUAGCUAUGAGACGCAAGAACAAGCACAACAGGCUGUGAACCAGUUUAAUGGCCACGAGUACGAGGGUAGCCCGCUAAAAGUGGAAAUGUCUACGGCGGAGAGCCGACGAAGAGGCCGCAGCCAGCGCAGCGGCGUCGCUUAUUCCGGAGUUUCGGGUUCCGGACGACAGACCGACUUCCCGCUUCGUAUUCUUGUACAAUCGGAGAUGGUCGGCGCUAUAAUCGGUCGUCAGGGAUCCACCAUACGCCAGAUCACACAGAUGACGCGCGCGCGAGUUGACGUUCAUCGUAAGGAUAGUCAUGGUUUCUUGGAGAAAGCCAUCACUAUCUACGGUAAUCCUGAGAAUUGCACGAACGCGUGCAAGAAGAUCAUGGAGGUCACGCAGCAAGAAGCCCACGGCAUGAAUAACAGUUGCGAGAUCUCGCUGAAAAUCCUCGCGCACAACAAUUUAAUUGGCCGGAUCAUCGGCAAAGGUGGUACUACAAUCAAGAAAAUCAUGCAAGACACAGAUACAAAGAUCACUGUUAGCAGUAUCAACGACAUCAAUAAUUUCAAUCCGGAGCGCAUCAUCACUGUCAAGGGCAGCAUCGACAACAUGAGCAAAGCCGAAUCCAUGAUAUCCAGCAAAUUGCGCCAAAGCUAUGAAAAUGAUUUGCAGGCGAUGGCUCCUCAAAGCAUGAUGUUCCCUGGCUUGCACCCAAUGGCAAUGAUGUCCACUGCUGGUGUAGGAUACAGUUCACGUGGUCCUGGUUUGUAUGGUUCAGGACCUGCCCCAUAUCCUUAUCAAACAAGCUUGCCGACACAACAGGGUAUUCCUGUCGGUGAUGCGCAAGAAACUGCCUUCCUGUACAUUCCCAAUACCAGCGUAGGUGCCAUCAUCGGAAGUAGGGGUUCCCACAUCAGAAAUAUCAUCAGAUUCUCUGGUGCCAGCGUAAAGAUCGCACCAAUUGAACCUGAUAAGCCAGUGGAGCAACAAAGUGAAAGGAAAGUGACUAUUAUUGGAUCACCAGAAGCCCAGUGGAAGGCACAAUACUUGAUCUUCGAGAAGAUGCGCGAGGAAGGAUUCGUAGCGGGCACAGAGGAUGUCCGAUUGACAAUCGAGAUACUCGUACCAAGCAUUCAAGUUGGCCGAAUCAUUGGUAAAGGUGGACAGAACGUUAGAGAAUUGCAGCGUGUAACCGGAAGCAUUAUAAAAUUAUCUGAACAACAAUCAACAUCUCCUUCUGCCGACGAAGAGGCCACCGUCCAAAUAGUUGGCCCCUUCUUCUCUGUUCAGUCGGCACAGAGAAGAAUCCGCGCUAUGGUUCUGCAGUCUAGUGCACCUGGAGCAGGUGUUGCUGGCUCACGCGCUGGUCGUGGUAGCAGCCAAGAAGGUGGAUCUCGUUCUCGAAGAGACGGCAGUGCCACGUCUCAACAGGGUGGCACAGUGACGCAACAGCACACAACUCAUCAGCAAUCGAGCACUUCGCCAUCCAGCCAGCAACAACCACAAAAUCAGUAACGUCACUGAAACUUACCUGACGCCGACCAACGCCUCACAGAAUCCGUUUUAAUCGCCGGGGUGGCCUCGUCGCUUUGACAUUCUCUCGUCAAGAGGCUACGUGCAACCUCCUUCUCGCGGGUCAUGUAUCCUUCGACGUGCACAGGCAUGAAGGGCAUACACACAAAGAGUUAUCUAUCGAUCAAAAUGUCAC